AUGGUGGCGACGGAAGACACAUCGAGCACCGUACCCGGCCAAAUAGAGUCCCCAGGAACAUUCGGAAAACUACGUCAAACACUCUCUUCGUCACUACUCACCGCCCAGGACAAAGUUACAAAACUAGGUCCUAGACAAGGUGUAACCGAGGUUCCAGCGGAGCCCGCGCCGGCACCGCCACCAGCUCAACCACCACCAGCACAAACAGCCAAGACUGAACGAGAGGCAGGUAAAGCGCCGUCUCGUGCCGGCGCAUGCCGUGUAUGCCUAAAGGCCUUGAAGCCUGGUGAAGUAUUUCAUAUAUGCAACGGAUGCCAACAUCGUGUUUGUGAAGAUUGCUCAUCAUACUCCAAACCAGCCAGCGACGAAGACGCUAAUUCGUGGCGUUGCUCAGUAUGUCGACGUAAAGCGGCGCCGCGGCUACCUCCUGCUGCUCAAGACAGUACAGACUCGCUACUAGAUGUGCCCGUGCUGGACGCGCUACAACGGCGGCACUCCGAAGCUCGACUCGGCAGCGGUGGUGCAAGCUCUGGGCUUGCGCCGCCGCGAUCACCAGAACUACGACGUCACUCAGAUGUGUCACCAGCAUCCUUAAAGGAACUGGAGAAGUUAAAGGGCGGCGGCAGCGCGACGCCAAAAGUGGAGUCGCGACGGCCGAGCGCCGUGACACCGACUCGCCGUCGAUCAGUGCGCGCUCCUCGGCAGCGCUCCUGCGACGAGGAUCAACCCACGAGCAAGCAAUCGCCAGCGCAUCAAGCGCUCAAUGCACCUUCCAUAUCCAGGAGAUCGUCGGCAGUGGAUAUGGUGGCCGGCGCUUCAUCUAGGCGUGGCUCGUACCGCACAGAGGACAUGGAUUCUACACCACAAAUUUCCGGUCUCAGCGUUGAUGAAGAUCGACCCAUCAGACGUCGUGGCAGUCAACUGCCAGACAUAGCAGCAUUACAACAGCGAACAGGGGCUCUAAACGCGAUGGCUGCGUUAACGUCUCGUACGUCAGACUCAUUAACCGACCCAGCCGCAGCCUUGUCUGCCGCUACAGCGGCUGCAAUUUCAGCAGCCGCACGUCAAAUGUCCGUCGACGCUGAAGCUAUCAAGAUUGUCAUACAUGACGUUGAUGAUCAAACGCCGAGACGCGUCUCAUUGCGCCGUGAUCCUAAUGAUAAGGGACACCGAUCGCGGGGUUUCGGUAUGCGUGUAGUGGGUGGCAAACCGGACGCAAGCGGUCGCCGCGAGGCCGUGAUUGUAUGGACCGUACCUGGUGGGCCUGCCGACCUCGCCGGCCUUCAACAGGGUGAUAAGGUGUUAGAAUGGGGUGGUGUACCCCUAACGGAACGAAGUUUUGAAGAAGUAUGCGCGGUACUAGAACGCGGUGGUGACAGUGUAGAGUUACUUGUGGAGCCUGCACCACAGCUCGAUGACCAGCCUACACAGCCCUCGCAAAGUUCUUUACAUCACCAUGCCUUGUACGAACCGGAUACCGACAAAUCACCAUCUUCGCCGACUCGACGGAAAUUGCCGAAAACCCCGGAGCAGGAUCGAGCUGAGCGCGCACGAGAGCGUCUCCCGGGUCGAGCACAACUUCAGGUGUGGUUUGAAUGCGACCUACGUAAACUCAUUGUCGUGCUCAUCGCAGCCGACGAUCUACCACCCAGGGACCACACGCUAGGAUAUGGAGAUGAACCCGAGGCAUUUGCUCGGAUACGUUUAUUACCGUCACUUGAGAGUUGCCCUCCGGUGGAAACUGAUCCGGCUUCAGCUUCGUGCAGCCCCGUAUGGAACGCUACGCUAAGCUUCGGUGGACUUACAGCAGACCUAUUGGCAGGCCGAGCUCUAGAGCUCACACUUUGGGAUGCCUGCCCAGGCAUUGAACCAGUUCUGAUUGGAGAAUGUAUUAUGGACCUAGAGAAAGCGUUUGCAGAGGAGCGUGCUGUAUGGUGGACACUCGACGAACGCGGCACACGAUCAGCCAACGCUUCACCCCGCGGCUCGCUCACUGGUGCGCGCGCAUUACGCCGCGGAGACUUCGCCUCCCAGCGUUCUGUGUCAGAUGAUGUGGAUUCAAUAGGCGAAUGCGCUUCGUUGCUUCAUCCUGAUCAUGCUUGGGUAGGCGGCUCGCGACGCGGUUCAUCACAGUCAGAAACUCUAGAGGUCGAAGUUUAUCAACUUGGAAAAGAUUUUUCUCGAUCCCUACCUGGAUCGCGACGUUCUUCAUUCCAACAACAAGAGAAGGAGGCUGGCGACGCAUCGCCAUCAAUGGCAGCCUGUCGGCGCAACGAGCGUCGACGCUCGUCUUGCGUGCGUCGUGAUCCCGACGAUAUUCUACGGUCUCUUCGCGCCGUAAAGGGCGAGCUCGGACGUACGUUAUCACUGUCCGGCUCGACCGCCAGGCGUAAGUAUUCAAUCUAUAAGAGCAUCAUCUCUAUCACACAACCACUUGAUAUAGUAUCAUAA